UUAUUGUCUUGUCAAAUUAUUUGAUAAGAAAAUACGUGUUGUUCUGCCGUGAAAGUUUUCAGAGGCUAAAUAAUAUUUACAUAGUGUUAAAUCGAUCACCUAGUCCGUUUUAGUGCUAUUGUUGCAACCCGUGAUGUAAAAUAAUAAAUAUUCGGUGUUUGCAAGUAGUUGAUAUCGUAUUUCUCAUAGCUGAUACAAAUUAAAUUUGCUUGAGUUCAUCGUUUCAAGGUUUUAGAGAUUAUAUAUAUUGUCACAAUGUCUACCGCGGCGAGCGGAACACACAAUUUCAAAGUAGUGUUACUGGGGGAGGGGUGUGUGGGGAAGACAUCUCUGUUGCUGCGAUACAUCGAAGACAAAUUCAAUGAUAAGCAUCUUACUACGCUUCAGGCUACCUUUUUGAACAAAAGGCUAAACAUCAACGGCAAGCGUGUAAAUCUCUCGAUUUGGGAUACUGCAGGGCAGGAGAAGUUCCAUGCCCUCGGGCCGAUAUACUACCGCAAUUCAAAUGGAGCUAUUCUUGUCUAUGACAUUACUGAUGAAGAUUCCUUUGGCAAAGUUAAGAAUUGGGUGAAGGAGUUGAGGAAGAUGUUGGGCUCAGACAUUGUAUUGACAAUUGCCGGCAAUAAAAUAGACUUGGAACAUGAAAGGACUGUUCCCUUGGAAGAAGCAGAGAGCUAUGCAGCUAUGGUGGGUGCCCAACAUUUUUAUACUUCAGCCAAAUUGAACCAAGGAGUAGAAGAACUCUUCUUGGAUCUCACUAGAACCAUGAUUGAGAGACAUGAACAGAAUGCUCAAGCUGAUACCAACAGAACGUCGCAAGUUUUGGUGGUCGAUGACGAGGCCCCUCCCGCCCAAACAUCUUGCUGCUCUGGUAACCGAAGUAACUAAACAUUUAUGAACAAAUUUAUUCCACGUAGUUUGUAGGUCUGAUCUAUAUGUUAUUCUAUUUCUGAAUGUAUAAAACAUCGUUGAUGUAAUAUAUUGUACACCUUAUUAGAGCAGAUUCUAAAACAAAACCUUUAAUAGUAGCUAAUAUAUUAAUGUCUAUAUGUACCUUAAAAAAGAACUAAAAAUAUCCUUUAUUGUAAUAUUAAUUGUUGUAAGUGAUAUGAAUUUUAUUAUUGGUGCAAAUCGAAAUAUAUGUAGUUUAUUAUAUUUAGUAAUGUUUUGCCUAAGCUUGACGACAUCCGAAUUUAUUUUAGGUAUCUAGCGAAUUUGUUGCAUAUUUUACAGCAAUGCAAAAUGAAUUAUAUUUACAGUGUUUAAUAUUAGGUGGGUUUUGAUACCCGUUUUCUUGGAACAUGAAGGGAAAUAAUAUAAUCAUUUUAUUCAUAGAUCUACUUAAUAUUAGACAUUACUAUUUAAGAACACCUUAACAUGUCUCAAGUUCUGUUUAUAUUUUCGUGCAUUUUAGUAUUAUGUAAAUUGCAUUUUCUAUAGUAAUAAUACACAAGAAUGUUAUUAUAAAAUGUUAUGACCUGGAAUAUCAGGAUUUCUGUUUGUAUAUUGGCUAAGUCUAUUUAAACUUAUUUAUUAUCCUUCGUACAACUUGAGGAAUUGCGAUUGACGUAGAUGUUUAGUUUAGCGAACAACUGUUGCUUUAAUAAAUUAAACUUAUUCAAUAUGAUUAAUUUGUACUUGUGGAUAUUUCGCUUCUAGAACUUACGAUAAUGGAAUGUGUGUUUUCGAUUUUAACAACGAGAAGUGAUAUUUUAUACUUGAACUUGGAAAUUUCCACUAUAUCUCUAAAAGUGGAUCUGUGAUGUUUAUAAGGCAGGUUAAAACUUACGGAUGUCUCUAGAUGUAUAUUAAGGUAUUUUAGAUCCACUAAUGUUGAGGUAGCCUGGCAGGAACAACAGUAAAUGAAACAACAUUAUUUUUGUCAACAAUAUUCUAAUGAGCACUACUUGUGAACUGUAACUAAAACGAUAACAACAAACAAUACCUUAUAGCAUAAGCUAAAAGUUUUAUUCUCAUUAUCCUAAGCUUUUCAUGCUGAAAAUAAACAAUUAAUCUAUGAUAACAGCAAAUUUUGUAUGUUAUUUAAACUGAAAUAAACAUUUCGUGGGUUUGCCAAUUACUAUGUUUUUAUUAAACCUACGGCUAAAUAUACUUUAACAGUUAACCAUUCCACACAACACCAAUACAAUAAUUGAUUGACAGUAAUCCACCCAUUACUUGCUGCAAAUAGGAUUGGUACCGUGAAUCAAGGCUUCUACACAAUUUUAACACAUUCAUUAGCAUAACCUUUACAUUUAAAUAUUAACUCCAAUAAAAUAAGGAAUUUUAUUAAUUCUAAGAAAAUGCAUGUUUAAUGCUGGCUUAUGCAAUAAGCGUUUAGACAGGAAGUCUUAAUAUUAUUCGAAACCUACACUUUCCUUUACUUUGUACCAAAUAUUCAUAUUUUGUACUGGUGUACAUAAAGUUACUUAUCUACGUGUAUUUAAAUCCUAUUGGAUUAGAAGAUUGUACACAUUGCAAUUAAAAUUAUUUGCUUACAUUUGUGCUACAUCUUUAGAGAAUAAAAAAAUUCCAAACGAUUCGUUAGGCAGGACGAUAACAAACCUCGUAUUAUAAUUUUGAAUAUGAGAUUAAAACAGGUUACCAAUCAAGCGCC